UCUAUUUUUAGAUCCUUAGUAUUACCAGCACGGCGUAUUUCCUACGUUGUCGGAUGAUAAAAACACCGGUUCUCUGGUCACUGUGAGGCAAUGUCGUCAAGUAACUGAUUGGGAGACGUUGUAUCGAUGUGCUGAUUAACAUCGAACAGAUAUAGGGAAUUAAAGGGUGGAUAGUAGGUGUUCAGGACUAUAAGAAUACAGGUCAGGGGAAGAAAAACCCGGAUAUUCAAGUGUUGAUUCAAAGAUUACACAGCCACAUAACUGAGUCUUCAAUAGCGGGACGCAAGCUUAUAGGCACCUUUCAUACUUUCUAGACUUUGAUUCUCACGCCAUUGAGACACUGACUUCCACACCUUUCAUACUCUUUAAACGUGGACCCACACACCUCCCACACAGUCUAAACGUUGAUCCACACACCUCUUAUACAAUCUAAAGGUUGAUCCACACCAUCUGUCACCAUGUCCUACUCUAGAGGCGGCCGCAGCGACCGUGACGACGACAACGGGCGCCGGGAUGCCGGCAGCCCGACCGUGUUCCGGAUCCCGCCCUACUACUACAUCCACGUUAUCGACCAGAACACCAACGUCACGCGCAUCGAGGUCGGUCCGCAGACCUACGUGCGGCAGGAAAACCAGCGCGUCACGUUCGGCCCGGAGAAGAUGGUGGUCGUGCCGCCACGACACUACUGCGGCAUUGAGAAUCCCGUCUGCCGGGACAAGGACGGCAACCCGGUGGUUGACCGCCUGGGUCAGACCAAACUCAAACACGCGGAACUUGAGGUCCGGCUGUCGCAGGAUCCGUUCCCGCUCUACCCCGGGGAGGUUUUGAAAUUCCCGGUGACGCUGCUGACAGUAGUGCCGGCAAAUUCCGCGUUGAAAAUCAGAGCCGUGCUGGAUUUUCAAGACGAUGACGGCGUACAAAGGACGGCCGGGGACGUGUGGUUGUUUGAAGGGCCGGGGACUUAUAUCCCCAGGAAGGAAACUACUGUAGACGAGACCAUACGGGCUACAGUCAUCAACGCGAACCAAGCCAUAAAACUCCGGGCUAAAAAAGAAUGCAAAGACCGCGAAGGAAACGACAGGGUGACGGGAGAGGAGUGGCUGGUGAAGAAAACAGGGGCGUAUCUCCCGGGGGUGUUUGAAGAAGUUGUAGAUAUAGUUAAAGCAUUUAUUUUAACAGAGAAGAAAGCCCUGCGGAUGGUGUCUCUGAAAACGUUUAAAGAUGAUUUCGGCAUCGAGCGAAAGAAUGGAGAGGAGUGGUUGAUUACACUGAAGGACACAGAGGCGCAUAUCCCGGGGGUGUACGAGGAGGUGGUGGGGGUGGUUCCCAUAACGACGUUGACCAACAGGCAGUACUGUGUGGUGCUUGACCCCGUGGACAAGGACGGCAAACCUCAGCUGGGGAAGAAAAAAUUAAUCCGCGGAGAGAAAUCGUUUUUUCUCAUGCCCGGGGAAUCGCUGGAAAACGGUAUCCAGAAUGUUUAUAUCCUCGGGGAAGACGAAGGCCUUUUGCUGAAAGCCAAUGAACAGUUUAAAGACGGAGAAGUCCAGCGUUAUCCAGGAGACCGUUGGAUGAUCAGAGGCCCGCUGGAGUAUGUUCCAUCGGUGGAAGUGGACGUUGUGAUGAAAAGAAAAGCCAUCCCUCUCGAUGAAAACGAGGGUAUAUACGUGCGAGAUAUUAAAACCGGAAAAGUCAGAGCCGUGACCGGUUCCACGUAUAUGAUCAAAGAAGACGAGGAACUCUGGGAAAAAGAGCUGCCUGACAUGGUCGAGAAGCUGCUCAACACCGACCUUGACCCCUUGGCCGACAGAUUCGCCAAAAAACCGGACGAGGUUAAGUCUAAAAGUCAGGCCCGCGAUAAAACCCGGGUGGUGACCUUCAGGGUGCCCCACAACGCCGCCGUGCAGAUCUACGACUACAAGGAGAAGAAGUCCCGGGUCAUCUACGGGCCGGAGCUGGUCAUGCUGGGACCGGACGAGCAGUUCACCGUGCUCAGCCUGUCGGGCGGCAAGCCGAAGAAAAACCACGCGAUCAAAGCCCUGUGUCUGCUGCUCGGGCCGGACUUCGCCACGGAUAUCAUCGUGGUGGAGACCUCCGACCACGCCAGGCUCUCCCUGCAGCUGGCCUACAACUGGUACUUCGACGUCAACAACAAAUCGGACGAAGAAUCCACCAAGCUCUUUAGCGUGCCGGACUUUGUAGGCGACUCCUGCAAGACCAUCGCCUCCAGGAUAAGAGGAGCCGUCGCCCAAGUUCCUUUCGACGAUUUCCACAAAAACUCGGCGAAAAUAAUCCGAUCCUCCGUUUUCGGGUACAAGGAUGGGAAAGUCGGGGACAAGUUGGUUUUCCCGCAGAAUAAUUUAGUGAUUACGAACAUCGAUAUUCAAUCAGUUGAGCCUGUAGAUCAAAGAACCAGAGACUCGCUUCAGAAGUCUGUUCAGCUGGCGAUAGAGAUAACGACCAACUCACAGGAAGCAACUGCCCGGCAUGAAGCAGAGCGCUUGGAACAAGAAGCCAAAGGCAGGUUGGAGCGACAGAAGAUCAUGGACGAAGCCGAGGCGGAGAAGUCUAGGAAAGAGCUUCUGGAGCUACAGGCCAACAGCGCGGCUGUUGAGAGCACGGGUCAGGCCAAGGCCGAGGCACAAAGCCGAGCGGAGGCCGCGAGGAUUGAAGGCGAGGCCGCCGUGCAGCAGGCGAGGCUCAAAGCCCAGGCCUCGACCAUUGAAGCAGAGUCGGAGCUGGAGCGACUGACCAAAGCUCGGGAGGCGGAGCUAAGCUUCCUGCGAGACCAGAACCGGAUGGAGAUUGACAAGAGGUCGGAGAUGACCAGCAUCGAGGUCAACAAGUUCCGGCAGAUGGUGGAGUCCAUCGGCAGCAACACGCUGCUCGCCAUGGCAACGGCUGGUCCCGACAUGCAGGUCCGUAUGCUGCAAGCACUGGGUCUAAAGUCCACCCUCAUCACUGACGGCACGUCACCCAUCAACCUCUUCAACACGGCUAGCGGGUUGAUCGGGGACAUUGUGCCGGCUAAGCGUAGAAAGCGUGAGACAAGCGAGGAGGACAAUGAUUAA